AUGAACGCGGACGCCGCGGCUGUAGAGGCUGAUGCCCAAGCGGCAAAGAGGGUCCAAGAUGCGCUGGAACCGAAGCAAAAAGCAGCCGCUCAAGCUGCGAAGGAUGCUGAGCGGUUGGAAAGAGAAAGACGGAGGCUGGAAAGUUUCGCAGAAGACAACAAGAAGAAAAAGGCGGCCUCGGCGGCCUCCUCCGUUUCAGCGCCGAAAAAGCGAAAGAGGGAACCCUCAAAGAAAGUUCAAAUAGCCGACCUGCUCAAUGAGGUCACUGAAACGGUCAUUUCGAGUAUACCGCAGCAGGCUGCUCAAGUCGAAGAGGAGGUUGAAGAACAACUGCAGCACCGGUCUACAAGACAACGAGUCUCUGAACCGGCCAGUCAACAGCAACCGGAGAAGAAAAAGCGGAGCAUAUAUGACUUCUCAGACUCGGAAUAG